AUGAAUAACUGCAUCUAAUGGAUUAAAAAUUUGUUAAGUAAGUGCCUAGCUUAUCUUCAAUAUUCAAAAGUCAAAAAUUCUGAUGAGAAUUAUCAAAUGCAAUAGUUUAGUUAGGUUGAGUUGAAUCCAGACAAAGAGAUUAAAAAUAAUUUGAAGGUUGAACUAAGGAAUGAGAGUAAGAUAAAUAUCAUUAUGUAAUUUAGAUUAUGAAACUGAAAUAGUUACAUAAGAUUUAGAAAUGUAGGUUCCUUCAUAAAAUAAGAAGUUGUUGGAAAAAUCUGAAAAUGUUGGAGUCUAAAAUAAUGCAAUUGAUCUAAGUCAAGCAAGAGAAUUCAUUCAGAACAUUCCUAACUUGAAUCUAAAUAAUGUUGAAAUACUCACAGAAAUAGGAUUAUAAGCUGCAGAUAUAUUUCCAACUUAACUUGAAGAUUAUGAAAACUAUGAACUGCUUGAAAAUAACCAAGAUGAAUUUUCUUUUUGGGUUAGAUAUUAUGAAACACCUGAAAAGUUUUAUAUUCCUCAAAUGAGAUAUAAGUUCACACUUAACACUACUAUUAAAAAUUAUAUUGCAUUUAUGAGAGAUCUAUAAUUAUAAAAAUAACUAGAUUCAUCUAUAGACUAAUUUGAAUCUCAUUUCUCUAAUGAAGCUAUCUCAAUCAAUUAUUUGCGAUAUAAGAAGAUACUCUUCAUGGAUCCACGAGAUUUUCUCUAUAUCAAAUACACAAAAUUUAUUAAUGAAGAUACUAUAAUUGAAGUCAGUAAGUCAUUUGAAAACCAAGACUUUGAGCCUUAGUAAUUAUAAAUAUUUAAACUUAGGGUUCAAACUACUAAAUCAGCAACUAGGGCUAUUUUGUUAUUGAGUGGUAAUUUAAUUAAAUAAGUGGAACCAAACAAGAUCGAAAUAUUAACGUUUUCUGAAUGUAAUAUGAAAUUGAAAUUAAAACCAGCCAUGACUAAAACAGCUAGUAAAAAUGAAAUUAAGAAAUUGAUUAAAAGAUACCGUGAUCAUUUCAAUUGA